AUGUCUAUUCUUUUCGUGAACACGAUAUGGAGGGACAGGGAGAACAUCGCGUUUCUCCGGCUAGCGCAGAAAUGGGUUACUUGGACUAAAGUUACUGGUCAGAGUCAUUCCUUGAUCUCGUCAGAAUCUGCAGUCUCCUCGCGCCAUCUGAAGGAUCAUAAUCAUGCUCUCUUGACUGUCAACUCCCUCAGUUGCCAAGGACUUUAUCUCACUCAAGGCACUCGUCAUAAUCUCGUACUGCCCACCCGUAUUAUGGCCUCUCCACUCCCUGACGCUCUCCAACAGUUGUGA